UGCUACAUACAAACAAGAUGAGCACUUUCAGCGGGAAAAUUCAAGAAAUUUCUCACAUUAGCGUGGACAGAUUCGAUGAAAAUAAUCUAACAUCAGAAGCAUAUUUUUUGUCACACUGUCAUUAUGACCACAUGGUAGGUUUGCAUACCCACAGGUUUCAAAACAAUUUAUUGGAAAAUAAUAAAUACCUUUAUGCAUCAGAAAUAUCAUGUGCUAUAUUAAAACUUUUAUACCCUUCAUUAAAAAAUAAUAUUAAAAUACUUGAUAUUUAUACACCAACUGCACUGUUAUUAAAAGGAGGCAACAUUUCUGUUUUACCGAUACCUGCAGGACAUUGUCCUGGAUCAGUAAUGUUCCUUUUCGAGACCAAUAUUCGUAUAUUGUACACUGGAGAUUAUAGAAUAAACAAGAAUGAUAUAAAGAAACUAAAAGCAUUCUAUGAUUCCUACAAACAAGUUAAACAAAUCGAAACGAUCUAUCUAGACACAACAUUCUUUUUGAAAAGUUAUCGGAAGUUUCCAAAACGAGAAGAGAGUUUAGAAGAACUAUGUAAGAUAAUCAAAGGAUGGACAGACAAAGGAAAACAUUUUUCUAUAAAGUUAUUUACUAGCGCAAAAUAUGGUUAUGAGUAUAUGUUUAAUGAAAUUUAUAAGAAAACUGGAAUGCCGGUACAUGUGAACAGAGAGGUUUUCAAUUUCUACUCUACCAUUCCUGAAAUGGAUAAAUCUGUGACUUUAGAUUGUAAUGCAACACAAAUUCAUUGCAGCUGUGGCAUAUCUUACCAAUACGUUUGUGAUAAAGCUUUGAAUAGCAAAAUAAGAACAAUUAAAGUAUCUGCUUUUAGAUGGACACAAGACAAUCUGGAAGAUGGGUUUUCUUCCAAUUCGUCUGAAACUUAUUAUGUGUGUUACGCUACGCAUGCUUCGUAUGAAGAAGGAGUGGAGCUAUUAAAAUUCUUAAAACCGAAAAGCGUUGAGAUUUGUGUUAAACACGAAGAUCCUCUUACUAAUUUGGAAAUUGCCAAGUUAAUAGAGGAAGUUUUGGAUGAAUUUAGGUCAGUAGCUGAAGUAAAUGUUAAACAUAAAUUGUUUGAAACAGAAGAAAAUGUUUCAGACGAAUCAUUGACUGUUGUUGAGGAAGAGACAAUUUUUAAUGGCUUCGAUAUCGGAAUUCUUGAUUCACCACCAAGGAAUACUUGGAGGUCAAGCACAGAGCUUCAAAUGAAAGCAGGUAGUUCUUUGAAUAAUAAUUCUGUGAGGAUUCAUUCAAUUCAAAUACAAAGUACAGAGUCAGUUAAUGACAUAAUUGUUCAACAAAGUUUAGAUGUGGUAGAGUUGGAAAGUGAUAUAAACACUGAGGCACCUCCAAACAAAAAAUUAAAAUGACUGGUGUCAUGAAGUUACUAUUUUUAUAAAAAAAUAUAUACACAUAUGUAAUUUUUAAUAUAUUGUUAUACAAAGUGUCCCACGUAAGACUAUAACACCUUUAUAUCCAUUUUAGUUUGUGAGCGAUUUAAUCCAGUCACUUCAAUAUCUACGGACUGUCUUUUAUAUGAUGGCACAGUCCGUUUGCUACUAGUACUAAUAUUUUUGUCACAAAAUCACUGAUUUAUUGCUUUAUUGAUUGGCCUAAUGCCUAAUGCAAGGAGACAAAAACUUGAUACGACGUAUAUAGUCUUAAAUGACAUAUUUGUAUGUAUGUAUUUUAUUAUUAUCUUACUUUUUAUAACUAUUUUAAUAAAUAUUUUUAUACACUUA